GCACGUCACAUUUCCGAAUUAUUCCAUGAAAGUCGCACUACUUGCUUAGCAGUGGUGGUCCUGGCCGUUGCCUUGGCAAAGCCGGGCAAAAAAGGCGACAAACAUUCCAAGGACGAGCACCAGAAGAGCGACGAUGACAAGGACCAUAAGGACGACCAGGAGCAUCAGGACGACGAAAAGGAAAAGGACGAAAAGAAGCACAAGGACGGCAAACACCACAAGAAGCAUGAGGACGAUGAGGAUCACAAGGAUGAGAAGAAACACAAGGACGAUAAACACCACAAGAAACAUGGGGACGACAAGGACAAGAAAGAGAAGAAGAAGCACAAGCACGAGAAACAUCAUGGGAGCGAUUCUUCGUCAGACUCCAGUGAAGAAAAGAAGCACCACAAAAAAUCGACAACCCCGAAAGAAGAGGACGCAACGCCGAAUCCUGGAGACUCUGAUGCUUCAACCCAUGUAACCAAGAAAGGAAAAGGGGUUUUUGCAAGUUCUACGACCCCUUCAAAAGAUGCCACGAAAUCACAGUGA